AUGCCGGAGUCCAGCUUAGACAUCUUGCGGCUGCCGGCGUCCGCGUGCAGCGCGCCAGGCAGCGACCACGCUCCGACGCCGACGCCGUCGGAGCCACACGGGGCGCGGCCCGUACCAUCACAGCCCCAACCAAUGCAGCAGGCGCCGCAGGCGCCGCGUAAACCCGGCCGCCAGUUCUGGUCGCUGUUCGAAGACAGAUGCCUGGUCUCGGCGGUCAUCGAGUCACGUGACGCACUCUGCAUCUCCACCCACAGCCGGCCCAGGUCGCGUUUCUGGCGCCGCAUCGGCGCCCACAUGCGCCAGGCGCACGGGGUGCACCGGCGUGAGCGGCAAUGCCGCGACCGUUUCAACCUGCUGUUUCUAAAAGCGGCCCGGCACAUCCCGCCCCAGCCGACCGCGGACCCCGCACGCCGCGAACUCGACUCUCUGCUGCUGCGCUGCCAAGCGCUGUUCAGCAUGGACCGCAACAACGUGAUUGUGCUCAGAGAGGACGGCAGCGGCGACGUGGGCGCCAUAGGCACAGGAGACGGCCCAGGCAGCGGCGCAGCCGGCGUGGCCGGCGGAGUCCCUACGGGCGUUUCUGCGGGUCAGGCGCCCCUGAAGACCCCCACUAACACGGUCCCGGGCGCCGCCUGCGGCGGCGCCUGUGGCCCCACUAUGGCUGGUGCAGCCGCCGGCGGCGGUGGCGCCCCGGACGCGGGUCUCGACACCUGCGGACGUACCCCGCUCGUCUUUCCGCAUGCCGCCGUAGGCACCACGCAUGCGACGCUCACUCCUGACAGCGCAGACCUGAGCCCCGAGUGGCGCCCACUGGCGCACUUUCCUCAUCCACUUCACCAGCAAGUGCUGGAUCUGCAGCGACGUGUCGACGAACUGGCCAGCGCCCUCGCCGCCCAGCGGUCGUGCCUCGACGCCGUAGUCGCCGCGUGUUGCCGGCCACCUACCGACUCCGCACCGGUAUCCCCGGGAUCGGCGCCCCACUUUGCCUACGGGCAUCCACACUCGCAGCCCGUAUCGGGCCUCUCCGGGGCGUUCCCUUGGUCCGUGCCGCCAGAUCGGUACUACGGCUGA